AUGAGUUUCCUUAUUGCUUUGCCGAGCCUUGCUAGUGCUGUCGUUUCCAGCUCUCAUGUACUCUACAGGACCUUCUACCCAUCUUCCAUAAACUCUACUAGCUGGUAUUCCAACAUCUCGCCAAGUACAUAUAACGACAGUAUCUACCAAACUAAUACCUACACAUCUGCGACAAACGCUCCUUAUGGCACAUACGACUACUGUACAAUGCCGCAUCCGCGGGCCGAUGUUUAUCAACUUCCGGCGCCCGUAGCAAAUGGAAGUGUGCGAGCGGAACUGGUGUAUCUGCAGUACAUACAGCGCCAUCAGCGACGUACGUCGUACAACAGCCUUCCGGGAGGCGAAAAUCAAGCUUACGACUGUGAUAACGUCGAGGCAUUCCUCUAUGCAAGCCCAAAUGGCGGACUGCCGCAGCCGCAACCAAUGCAUGUCUUCGGCAAGACAUACACUGACCCUUCAAACCCCUUUGCAGCCAACUAUGUCAAGAGCACGUGCCAGUUGCCACAACUCACCGUGGGUGGUAUUCUGGACGGUUUCCAGCAUGGGAAGGAUCUCUGGUCGGUAUAUGGCGAGAAACUUCACUUCUUGCCAUCGGUACCGAACAGUAAAACCUGGUUUCGAUCGAGCGAAUCGGUCCUUACACAGCAGAGCGCAGGAGGUGUCUUGCGUGGAAUCUGGCCAUACCAUACAGGGCCUGUGCCACUUCAUCAGCAGCCGGAAGCUGUAGAUACCACCAACGAGAGCUUCGAAUGUGACCGGCGAACGACAGUUCUGUCGGAGAUCGAGAACUCGACCGAGUGGCAAUCUCACCUUGAAGCUGCAGCACCACUAUUCAACAGCCUUUCUUGGGCUAGCCAGAAUGAGUCGGACUUCACAUUUUCCUUCAACUCGUUCGCCGACAACUUUCAGGCCCGGCUCUGCAACGGCUAUAAUCUCCCCUGCAACGUCAAGAACCUCUCGCAAUGUGCCACUAUGGCUCAAGCCGAGGAAAUCUUUCGAGGUGGCGACUGGGAAUGGAACUACUGGUACAGAACGAAUCCUCAAGCCCUGCUGUACACCCAGACUGUCGAAGGCCCGUUCAUUGCAGAAAUCAUACAACGGCUUCAAGCGGUACAAAACGGCAACUCGAGCAUCAUUUAUGAGCACGAUUUCUUGCACGACAAUGACAUCGGCCCUAUUGCGGGAGCACUUGGCAUUACAGCCCUUCGAUGGCCGGGGAUGGGUAGUAACAUUGCGUUCGAGCUGUGGAAAGUACGUGGUGGAAGCAUAUAUGCACGUGUGCUGUACAGCGGACAGCCGAUGGUGACAAUAUACGGCACGCUUGACUGGAUUCUCUUGCCGGAAUUGAUUGGCAUUCUACAGCCUUACGCGCCUAAGAACAUCGUACAGAUUUGCAACAAUGUGACUAACAGCUAG